UUUAUAAUUAACAAUUAAAAGAAAGACAGCAGGUCUCUUGCACGCCCCCAUGCCACCCAGCAAUCCAUUUUUCCAAUAGCACCCAUUAAUUAUUUAGAAGUUAAAAUACAAUGUGUAGAAGAGGGGUGAAGUAGGACACUUAAUGAAAUCCUUGCAGUUGGAAGAAAAUAAAAGUUGUUUCCAAACGUGCAUUUUUGUAACAUAUAGACACAUUUUCCCAUAAGAAACUCACAGAAAAAUUGAAACCACAUGUGCAGAUGGCCAGGGCGUGCUGUGCAUGUUGCUGUGCAAGCAAUUCAGCAGGGCUUCUGCAAAACCAGCUUUCUCAGCUCUUGGGUUCUGGGGCUUGUCUCAACAACAAGAAGCCCCCAAAUAACAAACAGAUCCCAGCAGGGUGAACAACAUUGCAGCAGGCGAGCUGUUUCCUUCACUCCCACCCUGUUCCCUUCGCUCUCCAAAAGUUACAAACUGUGAGUUUCCUUCCUGAUAAACCUCAAGGCUUCCGCACUGAUUGGUCUCAGUUUUGGAAAGGACGUGACAUCAGCAACUGUGCAGUCUUGGGGCUGGGGGGCUGUUGUGGGCUUUGGCCAGCCUCCAGUCAGCUAGGUGGAGCAUGCUUGUGUGUGUGUGUGUGUGUGUGUGUGUGUGUGUGUCCGUCCGUGUCUGUCCGUGUGUGCGCUUGUCUGUCUGACCACAGGUAGUACUCAGAUUACCCUGCCUGUUCUGUUCUCUGCUGCAGACGGCUGUUCUCUACUGUCUGACCAGGACAGUGCAGCUCAGCCAGCCACAGCCCUGGAAUUUCCCAGGAGCAGGGGGAGCAUGGAAUUUGGACUUUUCUGAGCAACUGAAGUGGAGCGUGGAGCUCACUCGACCCAGGAGAGCACCAUGGACGGCAAACCACAGGGCAGGAACGGCAGCAAGCCCCUGAGGCCAGGAGACCCUCCUGACACCAGGCUCCUUUCAAACCCGCUGAUGGGGGAUUUUGUGUCUGAUUGGUCUCCUGUGCAUGAAGCUGCCAUCCAUGGACGUCUGCUCUCUCUGAGGAACCUCAUCAGCCAGGGGUGGGCUGUGAACCUCAUCACAGUAGAUCGAGUGUCCCCACUCCAUGAAGCCUGUCUCGGAGGUCAUCCCUCUUGUGCAAACAUUUUAUUAAAGCAUGGAGCUCAGGUGAAUGCUGUUACCACAGACUGGCACACUCCCUUGUUUAAUGCUUGUGUCAGCGGCAGCCAGGACUGUGUGAAUUUGCUUCUGCAGCAUGGAGCCAGCCCCCACCCUGCGAGUGAUCUGGCAUCUCCCAUCCAUGAAGCUGCUAAGAGAGGCCACGUGGGGUGCGUCGAGUCCCUCGCAGCUCAUGGGGGCGACAUUGACCAUCACAUCAGCCACCUGGGCACUCCACUAUAUUUGGCUUGUGAAAACCAGCAGAUAGCCUGUGCCAAGAAGCUUCUGGAGUCAGGAGCAAGUGUGAACAAAGGCCGAGGUCUGGACUCCCCUCUUCACGCAGUGGCCAGGGCGUCCAAUGGGGAGCUGGCCCGCCUGCUCAUGGACUUUGGAGCAGACACCCAGGCCAGGAAUACUGAAGGCAAACGUCCCUUGGAGCUGGUGCCUCCAGAGAGCCCUCUGACCCAGCUCUUCUUGCAGAGAGAAGGACCCCCUUCUUUGAUGCAGUUAUGCCGCCUUAGAAUUCGGAAGUGCUUGGGGAUCCAGCAGCAUCAGAAGAUCAUCAGACUCGUCCUUCCCGAGGAGCUGAAACGGUUUCUCCUACACAUUUAAAUGUGUCAAGGGAAUGGAGUCACAAACAACAAACAUUGUUGAGUGUUGUGGCCACUGGAAUUUUAAAAUAAAGUCAGGUUGAGAGAGCUGGGCUAGUUUUUUCAGAGUUUUAUUUUCAGUGGAAACACACUGGGUACUUUUGCAUUAUUGGUUGGAAGGCAUGAAGACUUUUUUCCCUCCUGCCUGGAAGAGGGUGGCUAAAAUAACAACUACUGUGUUGAAUGUCUACCACAUGCCAAGCGCUGAGCUAGGAACGCUGUAUGCAUCAUCUGAUUUAGCCCUCACAGC